GAGAAACAUAUGAGAGUUUAUUGUAAUUGGUUUUGAGUAAUUUUCCAGUUAUAAUAAAGGGAUUGUUUCCAACAUAAUACAAUUGUACAUUGAGUGGUUUAAGGCUUAUCAAGCUGGUAGUCUGCAGUAUGGGAAACUCAAAUCUCAGCACAAUUUGUGGAUUCGACUCCCUCGAAGGUGAGAUUAGCAUGCAAGAAAGAUAUCAAAGUCGCCAUCCGCCGUUUCCCGUGAUUUUCUUGGCGAUUUCUGUAUGUUACCUUCCCAUGACCCCAUUCAUGGAGAAGCUUCCGAUUCUUGUGCGCAUUUCAUCAUCAAGCAGCACCAUUUCAGGGCCCAGGAAGAUUUUCUCGGAUUACUUGCACUCUCUUCGAAAUUCGAACCAGAGGAGACCGGACAGGCGAAUUAAUCGAAACCCGAGUCGAUCUGGGAAGUCGUUCAAGAAACAUGCCGAGAAAUCAUCAGAGACGGCGAGUGUUUACAUGAGGGAUUUGGUUGCUAAGAUAUCAAAUAUAUUGAGGUACUCAACUUGGGAAUCUGGGCUAGGGCUUCUGGAAGGGCUUUCCUUGAAAUGGGAUUCAUAUACAGUCAAUCAGGUUCUCAAGACUCAUCCGCCAUUGGAGAAGGCUUGGCUGUUUUUCAACUGGGCAGCUAAGAUUAGAGGGUUUAAGCAUGACCAGUACACGUAUACGACCAUGCUGGAUAUGUUUGGGGAAGCUGGGAGGAUUCCGUCGAUGAUGUACGUUUUGAACCAAAUGAAAGAGAAAGGUGUCAAGAUUGACGUGGUAACGUAUACCUCCGUUCUGCAUUGGCUUUCCAACAGCGGGGACAUUGAAGGGGCGAAGAAGUGUUGGCGGGAGAUGAGAGCGAAAGGGCGCUCUCCUACCGUGGUUUCCUACACGGCUUACAUGAAGGUUUUGUUUGACCACAACCUUGUUAAGGAGGGUGCUAAGGUGUACAAAGAGAUGCUUCGAUUUGGUUGUUCUCCCAAUUGCCACACAUACACAGUUCUUAUGGAGCAUUUAGCCAAAACAGGAAAGUUUGGUAAAGUUAUGGAGAUAUUUUAUAAAAUGCAAGAUGCAGGGGUAAAACCAGACAAAGCUACAUGUAAUAUUUUAAUUGAAAAAUGUUGCAAAGCGAAGGAAACAGGGACAAUAAUGAAAAUUCUUGAGUACAUGAAAGAGAACUUUCUUGUUCUUCGCUACUCAGUGUAUCAGGAGGCUCUUGAAGCACUGAAUAUAUCUGGGGAGAGCAGUGUGCUUCUCAAGCAGGUUAAUCGUCACAUUUCAUCAUUUCAAUGCAAUCAAGUGCAGACACAUGAAUCUCAUUCCACUAUUAAGAAUAAUGAAUUCAGUUUAGAAGAUAAACUUGUUAUGUAUCUGUUGAAUAAGCAAAAUCUGAUUGCCAUUGACCACUUGAUAGCUGAUUUGAUGGGGACAAGCUCUGCGUUAGAUUCUGGAAUCAUCUCGAGUAUUAUUGAGGCAAAUUGUAACCGUGGAAGGCAAAAUGGGGCUUUAUUAGCAUUUGAUUUAUGCAAAAAGCUUGGCAUAAACAUUGACAGAACCACUUAUCUAACUUUAAUGGGUGUACUUGUCAGAACAAAUUCUUUUCAGAGGGUAGUUGAGAUUGUUGAAGCAAUGCUAGGCGCGGGAUUAACCUUGGGUUCACAACUUAGUGCUCUUUUAAUACAAAGGCUUGGCUGUUCAAAUGGCCAUGUUUAUGCUGAGAAGGUAUUUUGCUUGCUACCUUUCGAAGAGAAAAAAAGCACUAUUGUUCACACUGGGCUAAUCAGAGCUUACUUCUUGUCUACAAAUUGUGACAAAGGACUUGAAAUGUUUGAAAAGAUGAAAGAUCAAAGGGUGCAUGUUUCUUUAGGAACUUACUCUGUUGUAUUAAAUGGCCUUGAAGAAAAUGGAAGAGCCAGUGAUCUAGAAUCUUACAGGAAGGAAAAGAAAAUCUUUGAAGCCAAAUACACUAACAGGAAGCUUACGAAGGAAGAAAGGCUGUGUGACAUUAUAUUUGGUGAUUUGAGACUGUAGAAUGUAUUCCACGGGAAUGAGAGGUUAACAUGAUUUUAUUCUUGAAUUCGUGAGAGACUAAGCAAUGUGGAAGAAUUCCCAAAGGCAUUUUAAAUGCAUCUCAAACAAGUGGAAGACUAGAAGUAGAGCCCUAGUACAUGAAUGAAAAAAGAGAAAAAUGGAAGAGGAUAUAUGUCUCUUUUAACCGACUAUGGUAUGAUCC